AACACAACCACGAUGAUGAUGAUGAUCCAGUGGCUGUACCCUUUACAGCCCUGUACCCUGUACCCACCGACGCCGACCAAGACAUGUUGCCAGGUGAACAAAACGGAUCUGAAGUGGGCGCGACAGAGUGCUGGUACUUCCUGAAUACAGUGACGGCGUGCACCUUUCGAUUAACUAAAAUUUCAUAGAAUUGAGCUCCAAACACGUAAAACGCAAAAAUCUGCUGCUGAGUAAAGUAUAUAAAUAUGGUCGGUCUGGCGAAGAGGGGAAAGUUGAGCGGAAGAUCACGCGCGGCGGCGACUCUUUCGCCAAGAGCGCCGGUUCCAGCCUCCAAAAUUCUGCACCGCUAAAAAUUUCCCGCAGUUGGGAUGUCCCGAAAAUUCCGUAGUUGACCAACACCAAAUCCGACACGACAGAAGACACGACUGGACACGGAACAUGGACAAGUGUGAAAUGAAGACGAGUGAACUUGACACCCGACACGACUUGAGCGUCCUGCCUCCUCUACUACCGUCGGCUGGUAGUAGUCCAUUCCACCGCAGGUUCUCCCAACUGCGUGACCAGCGCAGUGCCGGGGAGGAGGACGAGGAUGAUCCCUGGAACGACCGCCUUCGGGCACCGGACUUCGAAGACGUGCACGGUUUUGAGGACGACUUCCACCUGACAGUCAUACCGAAUUUCUUGCAGGACUCGGACGCCUAUGUUGCUGGACUCGAAGCGAAACUCAACCGUGUCCGUCACACAAGGCGCCAAGUAACAGCAAAAGAAAUGGUGAAAGCCCUCGCUGCAGAAUCUUCCAGACUGAAACAAGACGAAAGCGAACGCGACAGCUCGGAAUCGGACGAAUAUAGUCUCUUCAACUUCUGGCCAAAAAUUUUCUUCCCCAUCUCUCGCCGGCUCUUUCCACGAACAGCACUCAACAAAUCCGAGACCUUGCCUCUCAUAAAACACGACGUCCUGGAUGAGGACCACAGCAAUCAGAUUUCCGAAGACAGUGCCCGGGGCGAGGACGGAAGUUCCGAACAACGUCGCAGGGAACGGCUGGACGAAGACCAGCCAAUUGUCAUGUAUGAACGACCAGGAGCGAGUGAACUGCAGAUCCCCAAAGAAUGGGAGGAUGACCUGGCGAGGCAGGAAGAGGCUGCACAACUGAUGGCACCAACAGGGACAGAGCGUUCCAGGUCUGCCUUGUCGCUCAGCGCAACCGCGGCAGUUUUUCCAGUUGCUGAGGAAAACGUGAGCCUUACUGGCCAGGACAAAAGCAACGAUGCCCUAUACCACUUUGCAUACAUUCGAGCCUCCCCAACCUCGACUGCUGAGAGUAUGCGUGUCGAAACGCCCAUCGACUAUCACAUCAGCUUUGUCCAAUCAUCUUCCCGCUUCUCUGACAGAACGAAAAAGAUACUGUCCCCAGACACUUCCGUGUCUUCAUCCACAUCAAAGGUUCAGCCACAAAGGCGACUGAGUCAAGAACAGGAACAAACUACAGCCUUUGAAAGGCUUAGUCCAAAGUCGACGUCUAGUACAGAAGAAGAGACCUCUCAAGCUUCAGCUACCCUUAAAAUAAAGCGAAGUACCACGUUAUCCUCAGCUCCCAGGGAAGAGGCGUAUUCAUCUACGAAAGAAAGUGUUUCGGCUGGAAAGACAAAGUCAGAAGAACCAUUCCCACAUUCCACAGAUGAUGUCUUGCCACACAUGUCCUCUCUUGUUAGGGCUAGCAUUGAUGAAGAGGAUGAAAUAGGACCCACGUUUCCGCUGGUGAAGAGUGACAGCGAAAGCCUAACCAGCCUUCCCAAAGCGUCUUCAAGUGGUAGGUGCCAGGCAACAGCUGACAACUGCGAAGAAACGCAAGAGAGCACAAAGCCAGGAACUGAAUCUGAAAAAAGUCGCUACAGUGAUCCACACAGCAAUAUAUUUGGUGAAUCCUCUACGGAACUAGUUAAAGAACACGGGAGUAGCAGCCUCCAACCUGUGUUCCGUAUGUUCAGCUCCUUCCCCCAGGAUAUUCACACCGCCCUUCAGUCUUCAAUAAGGUCUUGGGUGCAACAGAAAAGUGUAGACUCCUCGCAGUCACAAGUGCGUGAUAUUUGUACGGCAUCGAUAUCGUCUCUUCCAGUAGCUGGUGGCACAUCAGAUAUCCCCACCAAGUUCGACGGCUCCGACCGUCGUCAGUACGGGGGUACGGGCAGUGAAUUGGACUUUCAGACUGCUAACACUUGCGACUCAUGCUUUGGUUCUAAGGUAUCCUGCAAGUGUCACUGUAAAGGCAAAUAUAAAGCUGCCGAAUGCGUCCGGAAGAAAGAAUCCUCUGGCUCUAGUGUGCUCAAGUACACAAACCAGCUGAAGAGUAAGACAUCAUCGGCUAACUCUGAUCUCAACUCCAUUCCUGAAGGAUGCAUGGCAAGAAAAACGCUCUCCUGCAUAACUGAUGUGGGGUCUCAGACAACUCUCCCAUCCGAGGAAACCACGGAAGAGCAGUCUGACGAACAGCAGGUGAUUUCCAAACUGCAGGCAGGAACUAUCGGUACCUCCUCCCUCUUCAAGAACCCGCAAAGGUCUGUACACUGGUUUGAAAACAGUGCAGAACACAGUGAAGCUGACACUGUACAGCAUCAGCAGAAUGCUUGCCUGUCUCCUGUAAGUGCGCAGGGCAGCCGGACGGAGGAGCAGUCAGACUUCAAGCUUGAUGAGAGCAGGCCAAACUCCACAGCACAAGCCAGUCUACUGCCACUCACUACCGCUACUGCACAAGCCACUCCAACUACUGAGGUUGCAGAAGAACACAGUGCUAAGGAAGAUGAGGCUGCACUGGAACAAGGUACUUUGCCCAUGAUAAUUAAAUCAUUUUCUGAUGAAGUAGUGUCAUCAACCGUUGAAGAGAGAGCACACGAUGACGCAUACUUGUCCCGAAGUGACCCGUGCGUCUCCCCUGAUCGUGAGAAACUCUUGCAGACUCCCAAUACUGGUGAAAAAAUGACGCCCAAGAUCGUUCCCACAAUAACCAAGGAUGUGAUACCUGUUGACGAGUCUACUAGCCAAAACGAGUCUUCUACCAUGAGACAAACGACCCCUCCGCUGUCGGAAGCAAAAGUGCCGUUCAGCAGCGUGGCUGCCACCACCCCGUUUAACUUAACCCAGAGAGAAGCUUCUGACAUCUGUGACAAACAGAAGUCAUCGACAGAUAAAAACGAAGGGCACAAAAGUGCCAGUCUUCCAGAUGACAAUGCAAACACCACACGCAUGUCACCUCAACAAGACCUGACCCUGCCUCCCGAGACAUACACUGAAGUCUCUGGACAGACAUCUCUAGAUGGUGAACGCCCUCCAACGAACGAAACUAUUCGAGGUAAAUCUCCGAAGCUUGACCCCGCCACAAGUGAUGAGACCACACAGUCAUCUACGGAGGCAACAACUCAAGAAGCUACAGUGCUGUACUGCCAAGAAAUCGUGCAGCACAGCCAAUUCACCUAUAGCAGUAGUAAAGAUGUUCUCCAGGAGACCAAAAAGUCUCUUACCAUUCGCAAGAGCUCCAAUGUUACACGCAGCAUGAGAAUUACGACCACCAGCCAGUUCAAGUCAAUGUCGUUUCGUCGCUCAAACAACGCGUUCGAUAAACCAAGUGCUGGUCCUGCCCAGCAAAUUCCGAUCACCAGCAGCCAGCCAGAGAGCGCACUGGAGCACAGAGAUUCGUCUCUCCCGGCAAUAAGGACUGCGUCCUGUUCUGAAAUAAACGACGUCGCACAUACGAGGGAUACGACAGUCACUGGUAUCGCAAACAGGGCUACAUCGUUGGUGGCCGUUAUUCCAGAGGAGCAGGUUGAAAUUCCGAACGAUGCCGAAGAAGAGCAAACACUGGAGAACGACCUCAAAGCAUUGGAAUGGCCAGCCGUGGACCAACCCAUCAACUAUUUUGCGAGUCGUUUUAGCCUCUAUGACAUUUCGACAGAUGCCUCACAUUCCGAAGGGACACUUGGACUGCUGUUCAUGCAAAAGGAAUUCCAGGCCCAGAAUGAAACAACUGACCCCGACACCGCGGACACCGAGAGUACCAGAGAGCUGUGAAAGAGUUCGGUAACUACGAGGCGUUCAUAAUUUGGCCAUCUCCGGGCAUCCACAGGUGAUCCAGUAACUCGAAAGCUAGAAGAUAAAACUGAGAUGCUAUGUGGAAAGCGAUUAAAUAAAACUGGUAACAAUUAC